AUGGGACGUAUACAUAAAGAAUAUUAUAGUAAUAAUGCGACAUACUUAUCUGAUGAAGCUAUCAAAGAAAUUAAAGAAUCGCCAGAAAAUCGGGAGCGUAAACAGCAGAUAAGAAAUACUAAUACUAUCAACUGGGAUAAAGAAAUCAAGAGUAUUUAUGACUUAUAUGCGGAACUUCCAUAUUAA